UUUUGGGGCUCGGGGUCGGGCCCAGGGGGAGCCGCCACCAUUGCGUCCAACGAGUGGAGCGCCAACGGUAGCCCAGAAGAUGGGCUGGACGGGGACAACGAGGACAAGACCAUUGACGGAGACGCCGAGGGCGUGUGGAGCCCAGACAUCGAGCAGAGCUUCCAGGAGGCCCUCGCCAUCUACCCUCCCUGCGGCAGGAGGAAAAUCAUCCUGUCAGAUGAGGGCAAGAUGUAUGGUCGCAAUGAAUUGAUAGCAAGGUACAUCAAGCUGAGGACGGGCAAAACCCGCACAAGAAAACAGGUGUCUAGUCACAUACAGGUGUUAGCACGGAAGAAAGUUCGUGAAUACCAGGCGGGUAUAAAGGUUUCUAGCCACUUGCAGGUUCUCGCCCGGAGAAAAUCUCGCGAGAUCCAGUCAAAGCUAAAGGCGAUGAAUUUGGAUCAGGCGUCUAAAGACAAAGCCCUGCAGAACAUGGCAGCACUGUCGUCUGCACAGAUCGUCUCCCCGAGUAUGAUAAAGAAUCACCUUCCACCACUGCCUCCUGCCCCCUACCAACCACCCAGAUUCUGGCCUGCUAUCCCAGGACAGCCUGGACCCUCUCAGGAGCUGGUUCUAGAUCUCAACCCGGGAAGGACUCCUGGGCUUUGCCGCACCAGCCAUGCCAUCAAACCUUUUGCACAGCCCCCGUUCACAAGCCUAUCAGGUCCUGUACCACAGCCCAUACCAAGUUAUGAGCCCUUGGCGCCUCCUCCUCCUCCAUCUGCUACUGCAGUGCCAGUGUGGCAGGACCGGACCAUCGCCUCCUCUAAGCUGCGGAUGCUGGAGUACUCGGCCUUCAUGGAGGUCCAGAGAGACCCAGACAACUACAGCAAACACCUGUUCGUCCACAUUGGACAGACGAACCCCUCGUACAGCGACCCGCUCCUCGAGGCCGUGGACAUCCGGCAGAUCUACGACAAGUUCCCUGAGAAGAAGGGCGGGCUCAAAGAGCUCUAUGAGAAAGGCCCUCAGAAUGCUUUCUUCCUCGUGAAAUUCUGGGCGGACCUGAACAGCAGCGGCAUGCAGGACGGUCCCGGCUCUUUCUACGGCGUCAGCAGCCAGUACAGCAGCCUCGAGAACAUGACGAUCACUGUUUCAACCAAAGUCUGCUCGUUUGGGAAGCAGGUUGUCGAGAAAGUUGAGACAGAAUACGCCCGCCUGGAGGGAGGAAAGUGUGUUUACAGGAUCCACCGCUCUCCGAUGUGCGAGUACAUGAUCAACUUUAUCCACAAACUCAAACACUUGCCUGAAAAAUACAUGAUGAACAGUGUUCUUGAAAACUUCACUAUCCUACAGGUGGUGACGAACCGCGACACCCAGGAGACCUUGCUCUGUAUAGCGUUUGUUUUUGAGGUUUCCACGAGUGAACACGGAGCUCAGUAUCACGUCUACAGACUUGUUAAAGACUAACAGCUCUUCAGGGAGGUUUUUUUGGAAAAGCCAGACGAAAGCGUGACACAAUCUCUCUUCGACCAGCUCAACCAUCCAGGAAACAAAAAACAACAACAACAACAACAACAAGACAAACAUUCAGACAGUGCUAGACCGAACUAACACGGACACAUUUUUAUGCUUUAAAAACAAGUCUCGUUUGCAAGGAAAUAAAAAGAAUCUCAACGUGCUGACACAGCAAAGAAAUUUUUGAAGAAUUACUGAUUUUUCAAACAACCAGUUAUUUUCCAUGUGUUUAAACAUGCUUUAGAUGAAGUGGGUCACUUUAGCCGAGGUAAUCGAUGGAGCCUGAAAUGUUUUACUGAGGGAACGAGAAUGUGUUUAGGGUUGAAAGGACUCUUAGAGCAUCGGCGGAGGAUCACGCUCCGAGCAAUAAGAGAAGUGUACAUACAGAUUAAAGAAGUAGAGAGAACAGGACCACGGAAGGGGGGAAACCAGAGCCAAGUGGUGUUGUUGCAGUAGGUGUGUUAGGAAAGCAAGUGCCUUUUCUCCAAAGAUUAUAUCAUUGCCUGCCACUUUGGAUCGCCUUUUUUUUUUACUACCUCUUGUUUUUAAAUGAACAGAAAAAAGACAUGUAUUUUGUCCAAAAAAUUGGAAAGAAGCGCCUCAGAUUGACAUCUUCAGAGGCGUUUUUUUUGUAUUU